AUGAGUUCCUGUUUCCGCAGUGAAGAGAUGUGUCUGGUGCAGUUAUUCUUCCAAACGGAGUCAGCGCACGACUGCAUCAAUGAGCUUGGACAUCUGGGACUUGUGCAAUUUAAAGAUUUAAAUCCUGGUAAAACCUCUUAUCAGAGACGAUUUGUAAAUGAAGUAAAAAAAUGUGAAGAUAUGGAAAGAAUAAUCAGGUUUCUAAGAAAGGAAAUGAAAAAGACCAACAUUUUUGUUGCUGAAGCAUUGCAGAGUGACAGAGUUCCUGGCCCAAGGGAUAUAGUAGAGCUGGAGACAAUUUUUACUAAGCUAGAAAAGGAGCUAAAAGAGAUCAAUUCAAACCAUGAGGUUCUCCGAAACAACGUCAUGGACCUCAUGGAAAUGAACUAUCUCCUGCACAUGACUGAGGAAUUCUUUGAUGAGGCUCAGUCCCGGCUCUCCUGUUCUGACCUCCCAUUGGAGGACUCCAUAACUACCUACCCCAGGGUGACCAGCCGCUGUACCAGAAGCUGCAGUACCAGCGGUCCCCUGAACCUUAGGUUUGUGGCUGGAGUCAUCAGGCAGGAGCGCAUUCCUGCCUUUGAGAAGGUCUUGUGGCGGGUGUUUCAUGGGAAUUUUGUCCUGCGACAUGCUGAGAUCCAGCCCCCUGGAGAAUCCCCCAUGAUAGAGGAUUUGGUCAAGAAAGACGUCUUUAUCGUGUUUGUGCAGGGAGACCAGGCUAAAGGAAAAAUAAAAAAGAUAUGUGAUGGGUUUCAUGCCAGUAUGUAUCCAUGUCCAAACACGGCAAAUGCUCGAAAGGACAUGAGGAACAAUGUCAACACACGCAUAGAAGAUCUUCAAAUGGUCUUAAAGAGGACAGAAGAGUACAAGGAGAGUCUCCUUACUGCAGUGGCAGCACAUCUAGAGGAAUGGAGGACUAAGGUCAAGAAGAUGAAGGCCAUUUAUUACACGCUGAACCUCUGCAACACAGAUAUCACUCAGAGGUUAAUUGUGGCUGAGAUCUGGUGUGCAGUGUCAGACCUCAACAAAGUACAGGCUGCAUUAAUCGAAGCAUCGAAGCAGAGUGGAUCCAGUUUGCAUCCAGUCUUGAACAGAAUACACACCCAGCAAACCCCACCUACAUUUAACAGGGUGAACACUUUCACUGCAGGCUUUCAGAGCAUCAUCAAUGCCUAUGGCGUGGGAGAUUACCAAGAGAUCAACCCAGCUCCGUACACCAUAGUGACGUUCCCCUUCCUGUUCGCUGUCAUGUUUGGGGACUGUGGUCAUGGCCUCCUCAUGGCUGUAUUGGCCAUGUGGAUAAUCUUCCAAGAGGAGAAGUUUAAAGAACUGAACAAUGAGCUAAUCAGUGUCCUUGUCAAUGGGCGGUACAUUGUUUUGCUCAUGGGAAUCUUCUCGAUCUACACUGGUCUCAUCUAUAAUGACUGCUUUUCAAAGUCCUUGAACAUCUUCGGCUCAGCCUGGAGGGUCAAUGCUAUGUUUGAACCCUCUGGACCAUGGACGAACGAGACGCUGCUUCACUGUGAACAUCUCCAGCUGGACCCUCAGGUGCCUGGGGUUUACUCCGGGACCCCCUACCCCUUUGGCAUAGACCCGAUUUGGAGUAUAGCAACAAACAAGCUAUCAUUUCUGAAUUCUUACAAGAUGAAGAUGUCGGUCAUACUAGGUGUGGUUCAUAUGCUCUUUGGGGUCACACUCAGUCUUCUAAAUUACAUACAUUUCAGGAAUGCUAAGAGCAUCCUCCUGCAGUUCGUUCCCGAGCUGGUCUUCCUGCUCUCUCUCUUUGGCUAUCUGGUGGUGCUCAUCUUCUUUAAGUGGUGCGUGGUGUUCCAGCCAGACACGGCACCCAGCAUCCUGAUCCUCUUCAUCAACAUGAUGCUCUUUGCCUACGACGGACCGGGCAGCCCCAUGCUUUUCCAUUGUCAGAAAGCUGUUCAGAUCUUUCUGGUGGUCUUGGCUUUUCUCAUGGUGCCCUGGCUCCUGCUGGUGAAGCCCCUCGUCAUCUACAGAGAGCAGAAGACUGCAAAACAACAGGUCAGCAUGGGGGACGUCCUCGUGUACCAGGCCAUCCACACCAUUGAGUUCUGCCUGGGCUGUAUCUCCAACACUGCAUCCUACUUGCGUCUGUGGGCUCUCAGUCUGGCUCAUGCUGAGCUCUCAGAGGUGCUGUGGAACAUGGUUCUACGUUCGGCUUUAACCAUCACCUCUGAACUAGGCCCAGUCCUGGUGGUAGUCCUCUUUGCUGGGUUUUCCAUCCUCACUGUCGUCAUCCUACUGAUCAUGGAAGGUCUCUCAGCUUUCCUCCACGCCCUUCGCUUGCACUGGGUUGAGUUUCAGAACAAAUUCUACAAAGGAUCAGGAUAUGAAUUCUCACCCCUUUCCUUCACCAAUCUGCGUAGUGAAGACUGACCCGGUCAUCGUAUGUGAACCAUAGGUGUAUUUGAACAGGAUACUCUAUUCUACUGUGAUUUUUUUUUCUCAUGUCCAUAUUUUACCAUUUUUAAU